AUAACUAGAAGCGUGAACUCCACUUGCCCUAAUUCCCUCCAAAUUUCUCUCCCAAAAUCCCGCCGAUUGCCGCCGGCGCUCGGUCCUCCGUUCCGACGGCGUUUUCUCAGGAGAAUUUCACGCUCUCAGAACUGGAAACUUCUGUACGGAACUUCGUCGUUAAUAAACUUCUGGAGGCUGAGAAAGGGAAGUUCACAAGAACAUAGGCAUGGAUAGAGAAGAAUUGAUUUUAGGGAGGGAAAAUCGAAUUGAUGAUGUCAGAUGGCUUUGCUCGCUAACCGAUUCUGAACUUGAUUUUUUGAUUAGUUUGAAAGUGUUGAUCAUCCAACAUGCAAAGAAAAUUGGUAAUGAAGCUUUGGCCAAGAAGUUUGAUUUGAAGUUUCUCCGUGCUCUCAGUUUUAUUUUGAUGAACAAACUUAAUGGACAACUCAAAGACAUAUCAACCACUCUCAGUUCUAGUGGAUCUUCGUUGCCCUUGGAUGACUGUAACUUGUUGAAGUUUGAUCUCGAUGAAAGUUUCGAUAGCUUAAGUAUUGAAGAGUUGAGCGCCUAUGUUUGCAGCGAUAAGAGGAAGAGAAUCAAGUCCAUGUUGUUUGAAGACAUCCCUCCAAGUCAGAAGCAGAGAACUGAGAGCUAAACUUCAAGGAUUGUUGCACAGAUAACUAAGCUUCCAGAUUGUGCACCACCAACAGGGAGAUAAUGAGGAGCCAAAUUUCCAACAGCCAUCUCAUAAUAUCAAGAAUGCUGGAAACUGGAAAGCUAAACUGAUUAUCAGUGGGAUAUCAAAUGAUUCAGAGAUCUACCAAUAAAGCAAACUCUCAUUCUUGAAGCCAAACUGUUCAUGGAAACUGGCCUCAACAUUCAUACAUUACCUGCAAAAUAUGCACCUCAAUAGAGUAUAAACACUGAUGUUUUUAAUGAUUUUUUUUUUUUUUAUCAUCAUCAAUAAACAAUAAUUCCAACA